AUGCGUGUUGAUCUGUUGAUCUUCUUGAGUUUUAUCCAUUUGACUUUGGCUCAAGUGGAGUCCAACCAAACGGAGUUAAAUCAUGUGUUGGAUCGUGUUUUUUCGCGCCGAAAGCGCUUUGUUUUGUUUCCGCCUGGAUCAAACUUAAAGUUUACCGGGCAGCUGAGUAAAGGUCUAAUCUCGGCCUAUCCCAGAGGAGUGAACAUGAAUAUCGAGCAGGCCUGCUACUAUCCUGUGCCCUCCAAACGCGAGGAUGUCUACCCAAAGCGGUAUCGCCAGAGGACUACGACUACGGAGAAACCCAAGACCACCACGGAACCCACUUACGUUUGGAUACCGGGUACCAACUGGAGAUUUAAGGCCACGCCUCUGCAGAAGCCCAAGCCCAUUAGACUCCAUCAACGCAUUGAUGUGCGGCCACCGAAGCCUUCUUAUGCAGAUCCUGCCAAGUGGGCUCAUUGGUCGAAAUAUGGUAACCAAUACGACAAUUGGUCGCCAGCAAAUCACCACUAUGAGAAGUACAGCCAACCGGGGAGGUGGAGCAAGUGGACCACGCAGUCGCCCAAGUGGUCCAAACGUUGGUAUAGAUCUGCAGAUGGAGAGUACUAUGAUCCCGAGGUGGAAUCCUAUGAGGAUGUGAGGUCGCAGCCCCUUGAUGAUCCUUACGAUCCCGAUAUGGCUCCUUAUGAAGUAGCUCACUAUCCAGAAUUGGCCCAUGUCAAGGAUUUAAGGCAUUACAAUGGGCAUCGUGAUCGCAGGCAGCUGUUUGAACACUUCGAAGGGUUCAGUAAGCUCCUGGGAAUCGACGCCAAGGCCUGUGUCUUGAGAGCCAUAUGUGAUAGUAAGCGUCUACUUCUGCCUCGAGGAUAUUCCAUGAUACACGAUAUUGUGAGACUAGUAUUUACUCUUCCCACCGCGUCCGGCGUGGAGGACGACUACUCCCGGAUCAUGCACAUGGAUGCGGAGGAUUGCGAUCGUCAGUUUCGGGACUCCUGCAAACUGAACAUUCUGGCGUGGCUCAUGGGCGGCAAGUGGAACUGAAUAAAACAAACAUAGAGAAA